AUGUCUCCAAAACCCGAAUCCAUCCCUUCACUCUACUCCCUCUCCGGCACAUCUUCAUUUACCAGCAUGAUCUCCACCCCAACCAACAGAUCCGCAUCUCCCUCCCCCUCCCUAACCACCACCACCCCAACCCCCUCAGAAUUCAUCUUCCCCAUCCCCUUUAGCGGCGACCCAUCCGAAACUUCUCCUCUCCUCGCAAACCGCCCCAGAUUAUGCAGAAUCUGCAACUGCAGACAUCCCAACCACAUACACGGAACCGCCUCAAGCCCACAACCCCCUUCUAUGCAAUUCCGCUAUUGUUCCAUCCAGCGCUCUUCACUCUUCAAUAUCCAAAUUAUCUCUGGCGUUCUAUUCAUUUUCUGUCUCGCUAUCAUCGUGCUAUCUCCCUUUUCAAGCCGCGCCGAGAACGAUACUUCAACUCUACAACAAGAUCUCAAAUCAUCAGAUGAUCAUUCUCCCCUCGCAUACCUUCACGGCCUUAAUAAUCUCACUAACAUUAACUCCUCCAUUCAAGCACGAACGCGAACACACAAACUCGAUACCCCCCAACUCAAAGGUAUUGAAUUCGCAAUCGUUUGUUUCACAAUCUUUACCAUAUGUUCUCUCAUCCGAGCAGUAAGUUACGUAAUGAGUAGAUGGGGAUUAUGUUUUGGAGGAGAGGGAUCAGAUGGUAAUGGGGGGAUAUUUGAAGAAGAAGAGAUGAUGGGGUAUGGACACAGAAGAGAAUCAAUGCAUGAGAAUAUUGUUUAA